AUGUUGCACGACCCGCGGCGGCAGCAGCAACAUCAGCACGUGCGGUCGCCGUCUUCCUUGGAGGACUCGCACGUGGGGGGAGGAGGACACAGGCCCGGGGGAGGAGGAGGAGGGCAGGCCCUACCCAACGGCCAGGGGCCCUGGCAGGGUAGCUACAGGCCGCCCAGCCGGCACCACCACCCACCCCAGCACCCACACCAUCCGCACCAGCACCGCGUGCCUUCCAGACGCCCGUCCUCGCCGUCGGACUCGACGAGCACCUCUUCGGACGACCGCGAGGAGAUGGCCCGGUCCCUGGUGCGCCGCCCCGCACCUCCCGCCGGCAAGGCGUGGCACCAGCACCAGGAAGGCUUUCGGGCGGGCGGCGGCACGCUCAGGUCGACGAGAAGCGUCCCGGCGCUCGCCCUGGCCACGUGGGACGGCGAGCCGUGUCCCGUGCAUGGCCACGGUCCCUCGUUCUACCCGCCGCACGGGCCUCCGCCACCGCACGGGCCUCCGCCGCUCGGACCGCCUCACGGACCUCCGCCUCAGCUGCCUCAGUCAAUGCCGGCGCAAGCAUCCAUGAGGAGGUUCGGGUCCAUGUUCGACGUACGCGCGGGCUACUACCCGAUGGCACCGCUGGACCGUAAAUCCCUGCACGGGUCCAUGAGCGCCCUGGGAGUGCCCCCGGCGGCCCCGCCCCCUCCCAUGGGGCCCCCCUACAUGCCGCCCCCGCACCUGAUGCCUCCCAUGAUGAGGCCGCGGCCCUACGUGUUCCCGGCGGAGCCCCUGCCCACCAGGGACCCCUUCCGGCCCAAGACCCCGGUGCUCCAGCCCCCGAAGCUCGAGCAGGACUACUACUCCGUCGACCAAGUGUGCUGCAAAGGUCAUCUAGUGGUCCUCUGGAUUAUCCUGGCGGUCGUCACCAUCGGUGUGAUUCUGGGAAUCAUCCUCGGCGUCACCGUCACCUAG